AUGAUCGAAUCAUCCUCGUCGUUUCUCAAAUCAUCGAUACCUCUGUAUCACAAUGCGGUCAAAUCCGUCAUAUUCAAAUGUGCGGAAUUACUUAUGGGUAUCUUUGUCUUCAAGCUUUUCUCGCUCGUUGCGGCCCGAUCAGGACAGUUCGCAUCAUACCUUAUGUUUACGGAGGAUUAUAUCCAGCGAACACUUUACAUCUCAUCUCGUGGCUUAUCGCGAGCGGGACUAGUUGUUAUUGCUUUUAGCCUACUCAAUAUUGUCUUUUCACUCUAUGGCACUCUUCUCUGGGCACUAGACUCGCCAGGCUACAUAUUCAAAGCGACAAAUGCGACAGUUGCUGAUUACGACUUCCAGAGAAAUAGUAAUCCUCCCUAUAUCAUUCAACUCGCUCUCAACAGGAGUCAACUUGAAGGUAUCACAGAGAAACUCCCUCAAGUCGUUGGCUCCGAGCUUUUUAAUCCUGGUCUGAACUACACUUUAACCGGAAAAGUCACCAAUGGCCACGAGGCUCCCGAAAUUAUCUCACCAACACGACAAGGUGGUAUCGGUGCCCGUAUCUGGUUAGACAGUGAUGGAUUUUCAGUUUCCCCAGACACUCUAUCAAUGUACCCUUCAAUAGGGAAGAUCGGUGACGCCACCUUUGACACGAAAUGUGUGAGAUUUGAUGGAGGCUCUGCUGUCUGGAAUUGCACUUUCGAUAACGCUUUUGCAAUCGAGUAUGUAGAGACCGGAAUAGGUAUGCCUGAGGUCUCGGUUGGAAAGGGCGGUGGUUCAGCCUUGAUGACACAAGUCUUUACUGUCACUAAGGGAAAGAGGCGACAUACUUUCUCUCAGGCUACUUUGAAGGUUACUAUGUUAACAAGCCCUGGUGACCCAUUUGCCAGAGGGGAAGUCACUGACCUAGUCCGACGCACCUGGAGCUCCAAUAAGACAGAACAAAAAAAUCCCCUUAUUGGCAACAUCGUUGAUGGCAUAAUAAAUGCACAAAACAAUGACCUCAGUUAUCUUUUCGGCGCAAACGCAGUCGGUAACGACAACAAGUCGGCUCUUCAAAGCGAGUGGGGCUUUUACACGCCACAGAAUAACAACAAUAGCCAGUACUCCAUUGUCAGCAUCACUAGCACAAACAUGACCCUUAUUCGAUCUGAAGUACUCGACAAGGCACCUGAACCUUUUGAGAAAUGUGAACGAUCGAACUUUCAGAAUGAGGCGUUUGGUGGGAAGGUGACUAAGACUGAUUGCGCGGCGUCAAAGCCUGCAGUUGAAAAACAAGUCUUUUAUGGCCAGGUUGACACUGCUGCUAUGAUGAUUAUCCGAGGUUUGGGCGCCCGGCGCCCCUCGGUCUAA